AUGUUAUCCAUACAGUGUACUGGAACGCCACACCAAAUUGGCAUCAAGCACGGCGAGGCGGCAGCGGCGGCCAUCACUCGAUGUAUCGCCUUCUAUGCCAAGCUCUUUCUUCAGAGCACUGGCAAAGAUUGGCAGCAAAUUCGUGAUGUUGCUGGCCAGUUUGAGCCAAUUCUUGCCUCGAAAUGGCCACAAUAUCUCGAAGAAAUACGAGGGAUUGCCACUGGAGCCUCUGUCCCCGCGGUUGAUAUUAUCGCUCUCAACGUACGGACCGAGAUCACGUUCGGCUUGUGGAAUUCAUCACGAACAGCCAGCGAUGGCUGCACUGCUUUGGCGUGGCACACAGAAAAGAGCGGCUUCUUGGCCCAGAAUUGGGACUGGCAAGAGGAACAAAGCUCCAACCUUCUUCUGUUGACUAUCAACCAGCCAGACAAGCCGACAAUCAAAAUGGUUACAGAAGCUGGAAUCAUUGGGAAGAUUGGUCUCAAUUCCGCCGGAGUAGGUGUGUGUCUCAAUGCAAUCCGCAUUCCCGGCCUAGACAUGAAUCGAAUUCCAUGUCACCUCGGUCUUCGCAAGGUUCUCGAAAUUCGCAGUCGAGAAGAAGCAGUCGAUGGACUUCGCGAAUGCGGUGUCGCAUCAGCAUGCCAUUUUCUCAUCGCGGACUCGGAGGGCAGCACGGGGCUUGAGUGGAGUUCCACUGACGUGCAAGAAGUGAAAAUGAGCGAACGCAGCAAGCUCUUCCACACCAACCACUUCGUGCUGCCCCAUCCGGGAGUGGAGGAUAUACACUGGCUCAAAGACUCACCGCCGCGUCUGUCCAGGAUCGAAGCACUCUGUGAUGAGAUAACGACACCUUCACUUGAUGGCAUCGCUCGAAUACUGCAGGAUCAACAGGAUUUCCCUGCUGCCAUCUGUCGUUCGCAGGUGGGAGAGUCCACGUUUGCAACACUGUUCAGCAUCGUGAUGGACCUUGCUGUGCCGCGAGCGAUCGUGACGAUGGGGCAGCCAGUGAAGCCGACAGGCACUUACGAGCUGCGUUUUGAGUAGGAGAGACCGGCGACAGCCAGUGACUCGAUCCGUCUGGACCAGCGGUCUUUAGGUGGAAAACAAAUUCACAAUACACAUAUCGAUUCAUCUACGGCUCCUUGAUCUCCACGAACCUCCCUAACCUCAAAUCUCCCGUCAAGCUUCCCUCAUACCAGCACUUCCGAUUACCCGGCAACAAGCAUCUAAACCGCACAUCUCGAGUAGUGCCUUCAUGACGCACAGCCAGAAUCGACACCUCGAAAUCAUCCAAAUCAAACCCGUGCACAUCCUCAGCCGUGACAUUCGCC